AUGAUCGCCAGUUCAGUCUUUUAUGAACAUGAUCAUCAUGGUGAUUACCAUGCGGCUUGUGUCGAGGCCCCUGCGCGAAGUCUUCCUGGUCCUGUGGCUGUCAUCCAGAGUCCGGCAGGGACGUAUGACUCGGCCCGCUAUCUCGCGUCGGAAGAUCUCAUUAUCGGCCGCCUUACGAUGGACGACGUCGGGGAUCAGCCCCCCUCUCUCCGCGCGUCGCUCAUCGAUCCUACCGAGGCCGAUGUGAAGCAUUAUGAAGAGCUCACCAAUGCGCUGAACAAUACGGCCUUCCAACGCGAGAACGAGGCUGCCAAGACUACCUGGUCAUGUUUAACUGCGCUUCCGCUGCUGAUGCACCCACACCGAGAGACUGGCAAACGGCACCAGGUGCUUAUUGCUAGUGCAUCGAAUGACGUGGUCAAUGACAUUGCCGCCAGGAUGGCAGCCCUGGUGGCCGAGCAGCUGCCUGGACAGGACUGCAUUGUGGUCCGCUCCUGUCUGGGAAGAGGUCUAUACCUCCUUCUCGGUAUAGAAUGA